CUUCAUACUCCAUGACACUCUCCAGACUUGUCAUAUGAUACCCAAUGUUUACCGCACACCGUCCACCUGAUCAUCUACUGGCGCUGUGUAGUAGACUCUUUUCUGAGGAUCUUCACACCCUCCUCUGCCUUCUCGGUAGCCCGGUCUGUGCCCGGUCUCCGUCUAACGGGGUCAAAUAGCCGCAGUGCCAGGCCCCAGCUGAUUCAUUCCAAGUCGUUGCUGACCCUCGAUAUCCAGAACGUCUCCGGCUUCUUGACUGAGUACUCUUGACUCUCUCUUUGAUGGCCAGCUGACGAGCACAGCGAGACGGUGUCUGCCUGUGCAGCACGCCGUUGUAGCUGUUGUUCUUUCCUUUUCUCGCCCUUCCCUUCACUUUGAGACCCGCUCCUGCCUGCAGUCACCAUGCCGAAGUCAUAUGUCUCUUUUCAGGAGCCCGGUGAGGAUGAUGACCUCGAGUAUUUUGCUCCUCGUCCAGCAACCACGCCCUCUUCUCCAGGAGUCGCCCGCAGACGAGCACCUUCGAUCUCUGCACCCGAUAUAGAACGCCGCUUACUGCCCUCCCUGAUCAUGACCUCUACACCAAAUGAGACGUCCGAGCUGCUCGGCGGCAGCCAUCACUCCUCCAUGCGGAGGUACACAGACAACCUGAUGGAUUCCCUGCAUUCGAGGCAGCUUUCAAGAGUGAACAGUGUCAGUGGCAGUUUAAGGAGACGAAGAAUCUACAGUGCUCUGCCGUCGGGCCAGACGAGCCCUGCAUGGGUGCGGAAUUCUGGCCUGCGUACACCCAAGUUACAUCAAUCCUUGAUGGGUUCAAUAUCGAAAGAUGAUCGCUUGUGGUACGACCAGUUUACUUCUACAGACUGGGUACAUGACAGUAUUGCCGACGGAUUCAGAGUACUGGAACUGAAAAAGAAGAAAGGACUUCGUGGCCGCCUGCUUCUUCUCUUCGACUCGGCUCAAGGCUGGAUCCUUGUUGCUUUGAUCGGAGUCAUCACCGCGGGUAUAGCAUACUUUGUGGAUGUGACUGAGUCGGCCAUCUUUGACAUCAAAAGAGGCUUCUGUCGAGGUGCCUGGUAUCUUGGAAGGGUCAAAUGCUGUUCUGGCGAGCGUAAUUGCAACGGAUGGCGGACAUGGUCGCAACUCAUACACCCGUCUGGAAUCGAUGAGCAGUCUAUUGACUUUCUGGCAUUCGUCCUCGGUUGCCUAGUGCUAGCGUCUCUGUCUUGCUUUCUCACCCUGUACUCCAAGACUGUUGUGCCCUCUCAAAUCGCCUCGACAUUCGACGAAGACCUCAGUGCAAUGAAAACGAGUAAAUACAAUGCGGAGAACGAAGAAGCGAAGAGUGCCAAUGCGCAGUCACUUGCCAACGAUACUCCGCCACCGAAUGUCUACUAUUCUGCCGCCGGAAGUGGUGUUGCAGAAGUCAAAGUUAUCUUGAGCGGCUUUGUUCUGCACGGAUACCUCGGUCUACGAGUACUCUUGAUCAAGACAGCGGCUCUCAUUCUGAGCGUAGCCUCCGGUAUGAGUCUAGGGAAAGAAGGCCCGUAUGUCCAUAUUGCCACAUGCGUCGGCAAUAUCGCUUGUCGAUUGUUCUCGAAAUACAACCUCAACGACGGUAAGCGACGAGAAGUCCUUUCUGCUAGUGCUGCAGCCGGUGUUGCUGUUGCAUUUGGCUCUCCUCUGGGCGGAGUUCUUUUCAGUCUUGAGGAAGUCAGCUAUUAUUUCCCUCCGAAGACCUUGUUCCGCACCUUUUUCUGUUGCAUCGUUGCGGCGCUGUCCUUGAAAUUUCUAAACCCCUAUGGCACUUCGAAGAUUGUCCUGUUUGAAGUCCGUUAUGUCACGGAUUGGAAUUUUUUUGAGCUCUUCAAUUUUGCACUGCUCGGCAUAGCAGGGGGUCUUGCAGGAGCACUUUUCAUCAAAGCAUCUCGAUUCUGGGCGACCACAUUUCGCAGAAUAAGAGUCAUCAAAAGCUAUCCGAUGCUGGAAGUACUACUGGUGGCACUCGUUACCGGUCUCAUCAGCUUUUGGAACCGAUACACUCGGCUUGCUGUCACGGAAUUACUCUUCGAGUUGGCGAGUCCUUGCAACAAGGAGAGCACUAGUGGACUGUGUCCAAAAGAAGACGAAAUUCUGUCCGUCGUCGGCUACCUUUGCGUUGCGUUUGUCAUCAAGGCCUUCCUUACCAUCAUCACAUUCGGCAUCAAAGUUCCCGCAGGCAUUUACGUUCCAUCGAUGGUUGUUGGUGGUCUAAUGGGCCGCACGCUGGGUCAUUUUACGCAAUAUGUUGUUUUGAAAUCUCCAGACUUCUUCUUGUGGGGCGGGUGUCAUCAGUCUGGAGACUUGGAAGCUUGUGUUACUCCUGGUGUGUAUGCUCUUGUGGCCGCAGGUGCUACCAUGUGUGGAGUGACGCGUUUGUCGGUCACACUGGCGGUCAUUCUGUUCGAGUUGACUGGUAGUCUGGACCAUGUGUUACCAUUUUCCCUGGGAGUCUUGUGCGCCAAAUGGACGGCAGAUGCUGUCGAGCCGCUCAGCAUAUACGACCUUCUGACGGACAUGAACUCGUACCCCUAUCUCGACAACAGAAGCAGUCCUGUGUUCGACUCGGAGCUCGGGGAUAUCACACCACGAUUCCGACGAGACAAAGUUAUCGACAUCACAAUCUCGCCAUUAGUCAAGGCGAGCGAUCUUCGUGCCAAACUUCGACGACUGCAGCAACUUGGCGAGCUUGAUGGUGGUCUGCCUAUCAUCAGAGACAAGAUUCUCGUGGGUCUCAUUCCAGCGCCAGACCUUGAAUUUGCAUUGGACAGAAUUGAAGAUGAGGACACGGCUAUGUGUGUCUUAUCCACCCAAGAUCAUGCGCACAGCAACCAUCAUCGAUACUGGGAAGCCUUCAACGAGGCGGGGUACGAUUCUGGCCGUGAAAGUUCAGAGGGUGAGGAGACAUCAAGUCCCAAUCCGGUUGAUAUGACUCCGUACAUCGACCCAGCUCCGGUGGCUUUGGACAUGCAUUCGCCUAUGGACCUCGUGUAUCAGUGUUUUGUCAAGCUAGGAUUAAGAUACAUCUGUGUUCUGAAUGACGGAGAGUACCGCGGCAUGGUGCAUAAAAAGGCUUUUGUGAGAUAUGUCAAAACAAUGGAGCAUUCGAGUAUUUAGUGGAAGAGAAAAUCAUGAGCGAAGGUUCAUUGGAAGAAAGAUCCGAAGAAGAGCACACAUCCAGGACAGAUGGGAGGAUAUUCGGAAACUCAGGCUUUAGAGACGGUAAGAUCGUCGGGGAAAAGAUACGCUGGGACGCUGGCCACGCUGGCCUGUCUAGCAUAUCCUUUCAGAGGCUGCGUCGCGGGCUGUCGACUCUUUCGCUGGAGCACACUCGGAAAGACUAUCUUGUUAUUCACGAAACAUGGAACGGGGCAGGCGUGUUGUUAGCAUGAGCAUAGCGUGAAAACGAGCAUGAUACACCUACUUGUUCGUUCUGAGGCGCACCCAAGGUGUACCGCGUUCUCAAGAAUGAGCACUUUACUAUGAGGAUGAAUGGGUCCAAGCUGCUGGGUGUUUCACUGCCGAAUGUUCCCCGCUAUAUGCGGCACUCCUUACUGUGAUAUUCGUUUUUUAUCCGCACAUGUACGGGAGAGGAAAUGGAUCAGAAAGUUGGCCGGUCACGCUUGGUUCU